AUGGAAAAAACAACUGAAGGUAUUUAUCUAACCAUCAUUCUCGGUGCUCUGUCAGUUCUUAUAGUUCUCUCGAACGCUGUUAUUGUCACGCUGGUUUGCUUCAACAAAACCCUUCGCACAUACACAAAUUGGUUGAUUCUGUCCCUUGCUGUGUCCGACCUACUGACUGGUAGCCUGCUUUUUCCUAUGACGCUAUUCAAACCAUCAUAUGUCGUCGAAGGAUACUUCGCCGCAAUGAUUUUACUUUCGGGUGUUAUCAACAUUUCGGCAGUUACUUGCGAUCGUUUUAUUGCUAUAGUGAAACCUCUAGAAUAUUCAUAUCUCGUUCCCAAAUUCUUCAAGAGAGGAAUUGCGAUUAUUUGGCUAGUUCCGGCCAUAUAUGCCUCUGUUCCUUUGAUUUGGGGCGCAGAUCAUUCAAAAACAGCUCAUAGAGUCUACUUAGCGUGCUUAGAGCUGCUUGGUGUCGUCGUUCCGUACAUCUUCAUAACUGCAGCCUACAUUCGAAUUUUCAGACAAGUGCGCAGAAGCUUAGCGUUAAGGAAAAACUUGAAAUCUGUCUCGAGACAAAUCAACGAACGCAGACGCAUUUCCGCAGAUGCCAAGGUAGCCAAAAUCUACUGCAUUGUGUCUCUGGCCUUUUUGUUCUCUUGGCUACCAAUCCUUUACAUGACAACAGCUUUUAUUGUAAAACGGAUUCAAGUUGUCCCAGACAUCUUAUCCUCGGUUUCGUUCUUCACCAUAGCGGCGGGUUCACUGGCAAAUCCUCUGCUGUAUGCUUUUCUAAAACCUGAUUUCAAGAUGGCUCUUCGGAAUUUAUAUCAGAAAUGUUCGAGCAGAUGCGUUGAACAACAGUCGAUUUCUGUCAGGUCUUUUAAAGCAGAACAAUCAAAGAACAAGACCAUUCGUUAGCUUACGCUUAAACAGAAGGCAAGUCUCAACUAAAGAAUGACAUGCUGCACGAGACUACCCAAAAAAUACAAUGCAAGCAUUGGAAGAAUCAUUCUCUUCUGAUCGAUCAAGAAGGACGCCAAUUCACCAAACGCUUUAAAGUACCUUUUACGUUUGAAAUAAAUUAAAAGAAAGAACACAUAUUACACUUCGACGUCGGUCGUUGAGUAAAGAUGCUGAACAUUUGUUACGAGCGAGGAACAAAGAAAUCUCAAAUUCAUCAUCUAAUUAAUACGACGACGACGACGACGACGAUGACGAUGAUGAUGAUGAUGAUGAUGAUGAUGAUGAUGAUGAUGAUGAUGAUGAUGAUUGAAAUGAUAUUAAAACAUAAAACUACCCCUUUCCAUCUAUGACACAUCAAGACUAAAGAACGGAGGUUGCAAAAUUUAAUAAUUCAACAUUUAGUUUACUAACCAACCAAAGCAAACAAAGACACGAAAUAACAUUUGAAGUUAAAUUAAAAGGUAAAACGUGCUGUUUCACUUACGAGAUACAAAGCGCUUUGAAUUUUAUUUCGACGUUGUUCUUUUUGACGUUUUCCAAAGGCUAUACGUCACCAGCUGCUUUUUCCUUCCUUAUGAUAUCAGCACUUUUCUUCAAAGUUUUAGAAUCGUUAAGGAGACAGCAUGGCAUAAACUGAAUAAAAGCUUUCCAUGAUACAAGUGAGUUCAGUCAUGAGUCCAUUAUCAUAAAUGGUUCGAUAAUUCUGUUUAUCUGACUGACAUGCACCUGGUUAUCUCCGAACCCUGACGUGCUCUUCCACUCCUACCUAUCUCUUUGAAUUGAAACAAAAGAUACAAAACUGACGUACAAAACCCAGAUCCGAACGCAUUAAAAACGGAUAUCAACCUCAUUUAAUUGAUUCUUCCUUCAGAGUACUUGCCAGACUUGAAAGGUUUUCAUUGACAACAAUUCAUGCUGACUCAAGGGACCCUUGCGCCUGGCAAGCUUCGUAAAGAAAAAAAAACAAAAAUUACCGUUACCUCUCGUCGUUGGAAUCUGCUGCCAGCGAGUACAUGUCGCAUGCAAUAUCGGUUAAAAGGAGAAGAGUUACGGGCUUAGUUCUCAUUCCUGUGUUCCAUACAUGAUUUUUCCAUAGAGUGAAAGAGCGGUCCUUUCCUUUCGGCAAAGACAGCAUUAGCAAAUCUAAAUUAAGGUGUAUGCUAAAAAAAUGUGUAGGGGUGUGUGGUGCGUACGCUAAUCACACAUGUGUGUUGCAGAAGUGCAGUUGAUUAUCUAUGAAUAAAAUGCAGCUUAAUCAUGAGAACAGUCAAAUUAAAUAACCAUAUUUUUCAAGAAAACCUAAUAUUUUUCCAUCAAAAUUUUUUUUUUCUAAUUUUUGCGCUCCAGUCAAAAAAUAUAUUAUGAUUUUUUUUCCACGGAAGGAUUUAAAACUGAGUGCUCUCCUUUACUAAAAAGGAAACAUCUGUCCUAAAAAGGAUAAUAAUUAUAUUACGACGGUAAUGCGACUUUCGUGUUUCUUUGAAAUUUAAUAGACAUCACUGUCACAAUUUGUGCCUUCUAAACUGUCAAAAGAAAUGUCAAUUAUACCAUCGCACAGAGAGUGUCUCUAUUUAAUUUCAAUUUAAAGCGAAGUUGUACUUUAUUUGCUUCACAAGCUUAACCUGUUCGACGUUUAUUUUGUUGUUGCCGUUUAGAAACGAUAAAUUCCCCGGCUCUUGUUGUAUUUCCGCAAAUGUCGGCGUGGUAAUGAGUGGAAACGAAACUGCUGCCGAUAUAUAUCGAUUGUGUAAAGCAUGUGCUCUACGUUUCGGAAGUGAGAGAUGUAGCGAAAAGUACCACCCAACCAUUCCAACCCACCCACCAAGAGAAUAACCGUUGCAUGUGUAGCACGCCAACUGCAUAGGAAGGGAAAUUGCCCGAGGCCAGGCAAAGAGCAGGAGAUCCUUCAUUCAGAAUAAGCAUCGUGGAUGCUUACAGUUUUCUUAUUGUGAACUGUGAGGUAAUGAUAAUAAACAACCAAAUAAUAGACUAAUGAAUGUUCUGUGCCGUACAAAAGCCAUGUUUUCUGAUUUUGCCAAAUAUCCAAAGUAAUAAACGACAGGUGAAAGAAACAAUACAAUUUUCCCAUCACUAUUUCGUCUACACACAUUAAAAUUUUCCAUUCCUACAAGAAAUCUCGAAAGUUAUUCACAUUUCUUAGCUUCCUCAAUCAAUCAUCAUGUAUAACGAGCUAUAAAAUAAAGGUUUAUUUCCUCAAGUUACCGCUGAGAGCCAGAUAGAAGUUUGGUACAGUCGCACAUUUAAAAGGCAUCCAAGACAAAAAUACAGCUGUGCCCAAAUAUUUUUUUGAUGGUUUUCAGAGAUGAAAUGAUGGUUUAUAAAGGAGAAUUAAGAUUAGUGUUGUAGCUUUCUGGUAAGGAGAGAUAUUUGACCUCAUAGUUAUCAAAUAUUUGGAUGAAUCGAAAAGUCUGAGAACACAGCCAUUUAUUUGCCUCUGUUGAUUGACAAGCCGUCGCUUGCGUCGUACAUUCAUUAAGGAUGUCACUAUAUUUAUGCAAACUCUCAGUUACGGAGAGUUAAAUUUCUCAGUUAAAUACCAUCUCAGUGAGAGCUUCACACAUUUUACCUACUUUGAAGCGAUUUCCUUGAUGAAAACCAAGAAAAACUGGGAGUUUGGGGUAGACCCUUUAAACUGGCAAAGUUUCAUUGAAAUCGGUGAAAUGGCAUGUAGCACGACUGCAUGGUGCUCUCGUAAAUACACUAUUGAUGGCUGACACAUUUUUUCGUUUCUAAAACUCUAAUGAUGUCUCUCCCUCUUCUAGAAGGUGCUUUUCUUUUUUUCCAUUUUUUCCAGUUUUCUUGUCUUGUCAAAGCCAUGCUGAAUAUAAAUCUUUUUCUAUCUGGUUAAAAUGUGUCACUUGUCUUUUAUCUGUAACCACCUUUUCCAUUACGUUUAGUUCUUAGUCAAAGGAGAAGAGCGACAGAGCGGAUAAUCGUCUCUAUAAUGUCUACGUACUACUAGUACGCGGAAAACGUUUCAGGAGCUCUAACUCUCACUGGCUGUCUCUUUUUUCACCUGACAAGGCUGUAGAGGUUUCAUGGAUGUCGCUUCCUCUCGUUUACUCUUUCGACAGAUGUUGCGAAUAACAACUUUAAAAUCCGGUUUUAGGAAAGCAUACACGAAGGGAUUAACUAAGGAGGCAACUGCUAUUAUGCAGUAUGAGAUUGUGCGCAAGACUCGGUACAAUAUCGAAACGACCGAAGAAAAUGUCGGCGGUUGUCAUAUAAAUUAUCGGCAUCCACGAAAAUAAGAAUUCCGCUGAGAUGAUGCAGAAGACUUUAGCCACUUUAGCAUCUUGUGAAAUGCGCCUUGGUUCGUUGAUCUAUUUUAUCGCAGAUACAAAUUUUUUCCUCAACGCCAAACUGUGCCGCAAUUGCUUAAAAAUCCGAAUAUAAGCGACGCUUAUGAAGAUGUACGGAAUGACGACGCCAAACACCUCCAAGCACGCAAUGUACCACUUGUGGAAUAUUGAUGCACAAUCUGUUGCCCAGAACAGAGGAAGUAAGCUGAUAAUUGUUAGGAUUAACCACACAGCAACUAAAGUUCUUUUGAAUAUCUUAGGUAUGCGACAAGGAUACUUCAGAGGCAUCAUUGCAGCAACGAAGCGAUCGUAAGUGAGUGCGCAGAUGUUACCAACACCCCAGAGUAAUAUCAAACUACUCAAAUACGCAACGACCACCGAUUCGGGUUUGAAGAGUGUCAGAGGUAUUAAAACUGACGGCUCCUGUUAGGAUGUCAGAAGCAGCAAGCGACAAGGUAAACCAGUUAGUGUUUGUCCGUAAUCUUCUGUUGAAGCAAACCAACGAAUAGACAGACACGUUUGAGACCACAAUGAGAACUGAAGUGCACCAAGGCUUACUACCACGUACAUCUUCUCAGCUAAUUCCGGCAUGUUGUUAUGCGGAUUUGUACAGCUGAACGCUAAUUAGAAUUUAAUAUGGUGAUAUUAGCCUUGUGCUCAAGGUAAUAUCAAAACAUACUACACACCUAAUUGAUAUUUUCAAGCCAAAUUUUUUCAAAGGUCAGAUGGUCAAAUGGGAUGGGACUUAAUUCCAUCAGUCGAAAUUUAAUUCGACACAACGGCGUAGUUAUUUCGGGUUGCUUUGCAAACAGUAAUUUCUGCUUAGGUUUUCACACUUUUACUGUUGUCAUAAUGUUACAUAACAAACAUAAUAAUUGUUAUGGCAGAACUUUGUUACUCUCGCAUGCAUCGAAAAAACCUUGUUGCAAAAAACUUGAACUUUUCACCAUUUCGGUGUGUUGAUGUCAAUUACGAUUGUUAAUUCCAGUAAUUUAACGUUCAAACCUCCAUAAUGUUCUGUUUUCGGUGCGGAUGAAAAAACCAACCGUUCCUAACUUGCAAAAUUUUGUACUGCCUCUUUACUCGUGUCGGGUUGCUUUGCAAACAGUAACUUCUGCUUAGGUUUUCACACUUUCACUGUUGUCAUAAUGUUAAAACGUUGGCAGAACUUUGUUACUCUCGCAUGCAUAGAAAAAACCUUGUUGCAAAAAACUGAGGAAACCAUUUCGGUGUGUUGAUGUUAAUUACGAUUGUUAGUUCCAAUAAUUUAACGUUCAAACCUCCAUAAUGUUCUGUUUUCGGUGCGGAUGAAAAAACCAACCGUUCCCAACUUGCAAAAUUUUGUACUGCCUCUUUAUGUCUUGAAUCGAAAGAAACACAAUUUUCCUUGACUGGUUGAAAGGACACGAUUUUUGUUCGACUUUUAUUUUAAUUUUCAUGUAAUGGAAAAAUGCACGCGUGUUGUGAUUGACAGAUUACCUCAAACUACAGACAAUACUCUAAGCUUCGGGGAACCGUUCAUUUUUUGUUUAGGUUACGUGUCUGACAAAUCAAUUUGGUUUGCACUAUCAUUCUAAAUCAACCUUCCAAAUUUAGUCAAAUAAGAGCAAAAAAAAAAAACGUCGAGCCACAGUCAGCUAUUCUCUUAAGUUCCUGGCGAGGGCCCUUAAAUGAAUUUAAAGACAAACAUGAGUUGAUAGCAGUUGGGUAUUGUUUGAGUGACACCAAUUUUCUGAAUGCAUACCGGGAAAGCUUUGUUCCAACAUCGUAGCGACAGCGCCUACCCAUAGAGUUACUUUUUUCAAGCGCACAAACCACGUUGUCCUCCCUGGGUUUUAAAUACCCUUUCUGGCUGAUGCAUGACUAUUUAAGGUUCCUAUUAAAAAUACUCCGCCGCAUUUGACACCAACAUUUAAGCCAAAGAAAUGCUAUCCUGGCGCUAGGAAAAGGACCGCUUUUUCCACUUUACAAAAAAACGGAACGCUCCGAAGUUACAGACACCAUACAACCAAUAUUGCAUAGACUUGUUCUUUCCGGCAGCAGAUUCUAACGACGAAAGUGAUCAGCGGUUCUCCCUCGGAUCAGCCUAAAUUUUAUUUAACAAAAAAAACUGUCAGGUCUGGUAAUUAAUUCAAAGAAAAUGAUCGAUCCAGUGAUGUUGAAUGUGAAACCCCUGCUUUGUGUUUGUUUGUCUAUCUUUAGAUUCAGUUUUAAGGGAAGGUAUGCAUGGAACACGAUGAGGAUUAUUCUUAACUUAGGGUUUUUAUGAAUACAUAGAACUAUCUUCCUUUCAGGAUGUAUUUGAAGUCUCAAGAAUUGUACGGGAAUUAUCCCGGCGCUGGUGUUCAAACACAUGAGGGGACUGUACCUUUCACUUGAUUUUGUUUCUUUUUCACUCGUGCAGUCGUUUCGCUUCAACAAUCUCUUUCUAUUCUGUCUCCAUCUCUUACAAUGCCAAUUUUUUACUUAGAUUACAAUCAAUUGAUAGCAAUGUCUCGACAUGGUAUCAAUCAAGUCUGUUUAUUCUCUGACAAGAAUUCUUGCUGCUAAAACCGUGGAGAACAAUUUCCGCGCUGGCUAAUGCGUUCUGGAUACAGGUGUUAAGCGCAGCUUUUGAUUAAGGUGACAAGAUUAAAAGGAAUAUUAGCCGUUUCCUAAGCAAUUGACACCGUAAGUGAAAUAAUUUGUGUCACAGAAGCAACGUCACACGACAAAAACUAAUCAGAAGUUGACAAGUCGUGUCAUUUCUGUCAGAUUAUCUACCUUUGACCAAUUGGGCUACGGAGAACUUUUCGUGUAUUUCAACUUAACCUAAAUGUGGCUGUGUAUACCACAUGUUGGUACUAUUGUUAAGCCAGGGAAGUUAGAGGAACCAGCAGAAGAAAAGAGGCCUUCUGUAGGAUAUCCAAGGAUAUCAAGUUCAAAGAAACACAACAGAAUCAAGGAUGGAUCUCUACAUAAAAGUUUCCCUUGGUGUGUUAUCCGUUCUCAUCGUUGCCGCGAACCUCUUCGUUAUUAGUUUCGUUUGCUUAAACAGAGUCCCACGAACAUACACAAACUGGCUGGCUGUUUCACUUGCUGUGUCCGACGUACUUACAGGAGGCAUUUUGUUUCCCAUGCUGAUCAUGCGGCCAACACACGCCGUUGCAGGCUAUUUGUCAAGUAUGAUCUUGCUCUGGGGUGUUACUAACAUAUGCGCACUCACUUACGAUCGAUACGUUGCCAUUAUCAAGCCUCUGCACUACACGUACCGCAUACCUGAGAUAUUCAAAAAGACCAUUAUCACUGUAUGGUUAUUUCCAACCAUAUACAGCUUAUUGCCGUUAUUUUGGAGGAUCUCUACAUAA